GAAUAAGGUAGGCGGCCAUGUUGAAGUUGUUAGUGACAGUUAACUAGGAAGAGUUGAGCAGUGCUGCAGCAAGCAUCUAAAAGCAGGGGUGGUAUUAAAUGUUUAUUUUAAUGGUAAUUUUAAUAGUUUUAUCGCGUCAUGGAUAAUGCAGAGAGAGAAAAGAAGCUGCAGGCCGGAAGAGCAAAGCUUGCUCAUUUCAGACAGAGAAGUUCAAAAGCAGAAAGCUCUAAUAUUCCAAAAAAGACAACAAAGCGGAAGGUUAAAGCUGUCCACACGCAAGAAUUUCAAGAACAAUUCUGUUCAUCAUCCACAGUUUGCAAUCAAGAUGAGUGCCUUCAACCACUAAAUUUAUGUCAAGAUACAGAAAAUACAUGUUUACAAGACAGUUCCACUAUUGAAGCUGGUGAUAAAGAUGAAUCAGUAAUGGAAGGCACAGUUGUUCAGGUUCCUAUGCUGUGUUCUAGUGAGGAAGGCAGAAAACAUGAUUUACCAACUGGAUGGGACAUGGAAGAACCUUUUACCCUCAUACACAAUGUGAGUCAUCUGCAGACUGUUGCAGAGCUUCCAACAAGUAACCUGCACGUGGUGGUGGAUACUGAACAGCUAAAGAAUUUUUCUUGCAGCCAUAAUGAAAUGAUUUCUCAACUAACAUUGGACCUGCAAGAAGUCCUUCAAAGUACAGAAAUGCAAAACGAGGCUUUUAAACUAACUAACCUAAUCCAGUCACUGCAGGCUGAGCUUCAGAGGAACACCAUAGACAAAGAAAAUGCUUUAACACAAGUGAUGGAAAAGCUGAAAAGUACAGAGGAGAAGAUUGAAACUCAAACACGUCUAAUUGAAGAAAAAGAGGAAAUAAUUCAAGAUCUUCAACAAAAUCUUAGUCAUUCUACAGAUGCAGUUUCUCAGUUACAGUGUACUGUUUUGGAAAAAGAAAAGGAGGUAUCUGCAUUAAAAAAUGAAAUGCUUAAAUUCAUUUCAAGUCAAGACGGACAUUCUUUGGAUCAGCUUGCAGAGGGUCAUGAAAUAGAUCUUUGGCUUCAGCAAAAAUGUAAUGAUAUUGAAGUGGCACAGAACCUUAUUUCUAGUAAAGAAUUAAUUUCUUGUCAACUUGACAAAAAGUUUAAUACUAUUCAGAGAGAAAGUUCACAAGUAGAGGAUCAGCUGAAACAGCUGCAUGAAGAUUUGCAAGUCGCUGAGCAACAAGCAAGAGAAUCUUUCAUGUAUAACACAGAAAAGGACAACUUGAAUACAGAAGUUAUCAGGCUAAAUUGUAUUAUUGAAGAAAUGAAUUUAAAAUUGUCUGAUGCAGAGGAGUCCUAUAGGCAGCUAAAGAAGAAGCAUGAAGCAGAUGUGUCCAGCUGUGAAAACCAGCUGCAUUUGCUGGAGAAGGAGAAACAGCAAGCAUUUAGAAGACUAGAGGAGUCGCAGGAAACCACUCAAAGACUUGAAGAAGAGAUUAGUAUUCUUAGACAAGAAGUAGUCUCUAAACAUGAUAAACAUGAUAAUCAGGAAAACUGUCACUUACAAGAUAUUGAGAACUUUAAAGAAAAGCUGAAUGAAAUAAAGGCUAAGAAGGCUGUAGAGAUUAACGAAGAAUCAAAUGAUUCCCACUUGUCAGCAGUGGGAUUUCCUUGCACUGAUGAUGAAGAGCACUUUAUGAAUAAAUACCUUACAUCCACACAGGAAGCAGAAUGCUCUUGGUUGAAAGAUGGUGCUAGCAUGCAAAGUGGCAAUGAAUCCUCAGAACAUCAGCAAUUUGAGUUAAAUAGUGAAAUCUUUUUAGAAGAAAACAUGUGUGAUUCAUUUGGAGAUAUCAUUGGAAGUUGUAAUCUAAUUCAGUUGUCAUUGCCUGAUAAUGCUGAAUUAGGAUCUCGAUCUAGCGUAGAGUCGUUCGGUUCUAUAAACUGUCAGAAAAAUGCAUGUGCUGUGAUCAAGUCUUAUGAUGGCAUAGAUGUAACUGAUGCUGAAAAUACAAAUACAAGUGAACUACAGAGCAGCACUAUGUUCUCUGAAUUAAACAAUGAAAAUGUGAAACAGUUUCAGAUGGAACUAAACACUUUAGCUGAAAAAGUCCUGGAUCUGCAGGACAGUAAGCAGCAAAUGUCUGAAGAGCUAUCUGCUUUGCAACUAAAGUUAAAAAUAGAAGAAGAGGAACGGGCCCGCUGUGAAGAAAUUGUCAGACUUAAAUCUCAAGAGUGUGAGGAUUUAAAAACCACUCUGAAUAAUAAAAUGCUUCAUCAUGAUAAGAAUGAGAAUUUGGAAACUGCAUUUGCUAUUCAGGAAUUGAAUGAUUUAAAGAAGGAGAGAGACUUUCUGUUGAUGCAACUACGUGAUCAGGAAGAAUUGGUUAAAGAAGUACAGCAGAGAAAGCUGGCUGGAGAUUCAGUCGCUAGUGAGGUUCAGGCCCUUUUUGGCCGGCAGCUUGCAGUUCUACAGACUCAGCGAGAUCAGCUUCAGUCAGAGUUAGAUAUUCAGAAAUCUAAAAACCAGACAACUUCUGAGCUUUUAGGAGAGAGGACCCUUCUUGUAGACUCCCUCCGCAAUGAGUUGUGCUUGCUUAAAAGAGAAAAUUCUGAUAGAGAUCAUAUCCUAAAAAUAUUAGAAGACGAAAAAAGAGAUUUGGAAGCUAAACUUCAUUCUGUUGAGCAAAAUCAUAUCAGAGCCAGUGAUGCCUUUAAUCAGUGUAACAGAGAAAAAUUAGAUUUAGAAAAGAAUUUGGCAGAUCUAGAUGUCAAAGUAAAAAAUCUGGAAAAUAUUAUGGAAUCAGAAAAGCUUCAACUUAAAAGCCAGUUAAAUGAUAAGAGUGUUGAUCUCCAGAAUCUUGAAGAACAAAUGAAACAUUCACAAUUGGAGUAUAUUCAGAAAGAAAGUGGUUUAAGGGAAGAAAUUGCUUGGCUUAAAUCCCGUAUAGAAGAUUUGGAAAAGGCACAUAAUAAGGAGCUAGAGUCCCUGCUUCAUGCUGAAACAAAAAAUCUGGAGGAAGCCAUCACAAAUAUUGAAAAUAAACUAUGUGGUCAGUUUGAACUGGAGACAAAGAGUAUUGAAGAAAACCAUCAAAUUCAGCUUAACUUGUUAAAUGUUGAGAACGAGGAGAAAAUGACUGAGCUCAAAAUAUCAUUUCAAGAAGAACAGAAAAAGCUAAUUUCUUGUGUUAAGCAGGUUCAUGAACGUGAGCAUGUUCGAGAGAUUUCUGAACUUGUUGAAAAACACAAAGACGAGCUAAAGAGCCAACGUUUGCAUUUUCUUUCUGAGCAGCAGGAACUGAAAGAUCGCUUAAAUGAAGCCCACCUGAUAGAACUGGAUCAAAUGAAGCUCCAGUUUCAGAAUGAAAGUGCUCUGGAACGGGAAGCCCUUCGACUUAGUCUGACCAACUUGUAUACAGCACAGCUAGAGUUGUCCCAGUCAAACCUGCUGCAGGAGAAAGAGUCAGCACUUUCAGAACUGAGAGAAAAUCUUAAUGAUAAGCGGUCACAGGAGGUUGCAAUGCUUCAGACACGUCAUCAUUUUGAGAUGGAAAAAGUUAAAGAAGAUCUUAAUCAGAGGUUUGAUUUGGAGAUUGCUGAACUAAAGACCCAAAUUAAGGAAUAUGCUAAUAAAUUAAAGCUGCACGAACAUGACUUAGAAACUGCCAAAACCAGCCUAGAAGAAAUGAAGAAGAUCUUGUCUGAAAAAGAGGUGCAAAUUCAAGACUUGAAAAAUCAUGAAAGUACAUUACUGAGUAGAAUGAAUGCCGAGAAGGAACAGGCAGAAUCCAUUCAUGAAGACUUGGUGGAAAAGCAUACCAUGGCCAUUACAGAUCUUGAAGACAGCUUACGCCAGAAGUAUGUAGAGCAGCUUCAAAUAUUAGAAACAAAACAUCGGGAUGCAGAAGCUGAACAGAAGAAGCAGAAUGAAGCAUUGCAAAGGAUGUAUGAUGAUCUUAAAACUCAUUCUGACCAAGAAAUUAAACAUCUCUGGUCCCAACUGGAGAACACUAGAACAAGCAGACAAGAACUUGGUGAGCUUAAAGAGCAACUAUUGGCACGUGCAUCUCACGUUGAAGAUAUUGAGCGAUUAAAGCAGGAGUUAACACAGCAGAGACUUGAUCUGAAGAGCCAACAUGAAAGGGAGCUGGAGAAUCUGAGAACCUAUUUUGAGCAAAAGUUAUAUGAGACAGGAAACAGUUAUAAAGAGGAAAUUGCUCAUCUUCAUCAUCGCCUAUUGGAGAAAGUGACUACUAGCACUGCUUCAGAUUCUGUAGAUAUCAGUUCUGCGGAUGAAGAUAUUUUCAAUACUGAACGAUCAGAUCUUCUUAGAGAAAUGACAGAAAAACUGGAGCAAAACAAGAUGGAACUGGAUUUGCUCCGUUUAAAACUGGAAGAAAAACAUCUUAAUGAACUUGAAGCACAGAGAUCUACAUUAACACUUAAGUUCAAAGAGGAUCUCUUGAAUAUGAAAACAGAUCUUAGUGAUCGAUACUUUGCUGAAAUACAAGAGUUAAAAACAAAACAUUCUCUAGAACUGGAACAACUGCGUGCUAGACUGUCUGAUAGCCACAUCAAAGAAAUUACGAAGAUACGGCUUCAGAGUGCCCAUGAUGCUGCACAACAGGUUGAAGCUGAAGUGGCAGAGAGACUUCUUCUUGUGAAAAGUGAAAAGCAAAGAAUUGCACAACUUGAAGAACAGAUUGAAAGUCUUAAGCAGGAGAAUUCUGAGAUUCUCAAGCAUCUCACUGAAACGCAGCAAAUGUUUGAAAAGGAAAACACAGAGAUAAAAAGAAAGUUACUAGAUGACUUGAAACAGAAGGUUGAUGAAGCUAGAAAAGAAGAGUCAGAUAAGGCUGCAAAAAUACUAUCAGAGAAGGAUGCAGAGUUGAAACAACUUCAGGAUGAGCUACAGUCUGCAUCAGAAGAACGAAUUACUGCCAUUCAAGUGGACCUGAGCAAAAUUGCAGAACAAGAACGAGAAGCUCUUGUAAAAGAGUUUGAAGCUAGAGAGCUUGAACUGAAAGCUCUUCAAAACAAGCAAGAAGCAAUUAUCUCCGAGCUUGAAAAGGAACUGAAAGAAGAGCGCAACCAACUACAAAAACUUCAAGAUAGCUUGGAUGGUAAACAGUCCUCCAAAAUUAUGCAGCAUGAAAAUAUUCAGACAGAGUUUGACGAUGAACUUGACAUUUCUAAUUCCAAAAUAGCAGAAGAAAUGACACUGCUGAAAUCCAGAGUUGAGGAGUCACAGUUUAAACUGGAGGAGGCACAGAACAGGUUUACAGAAGAGAAAAAGUUAAUGGCAGAUCAACUAGACAAAUCUCUUAGGGAGCUUGAGGCAGCUCAGGCAGAAGAACUGGAAAUGAUGAGAAGAUUUUUGCAAGAGCAACAUCACAAAGAACUUGUGGCCUUGGAAAAGGAACUCACAGCAAAACAUCAGAUAAAAAUGGAAACUGUAAUAAAUGAUCUUCAGUCUGCACAUAGGACUCGUUUGCAGGAGGUGGAGCAGGAUUUGUGUAAGAAACACACAAUGGAAAUGAAAGAGAUGGAGAACAGGUUUUUAUCCAAUAUUGACACACUAGAGUCAACAUACCUUUCACAAAUCCAGUCUUUACGAAAAGAACAUGACCAGACUGUUAAUGUUUUGAAAUCAAGUCACAGGGAUGAGCUCCAGAGAUUGAAAAUAGAAGAUGAGACCACUCUAGCUGAUUCACUGGAAAAGAUCAAAGUAGAGCAUGAAGCUCAAAUGAUUUCUGCUAUGGAGCAACUAAAAAAAGAACUUUCUAUGAUUCAUAUGGAAAAAUUUAAGGCAAUGGCUGCUGAAGUAGAAAAAGUACAUAAGGAAGAGCUGAUCUCCCAUAUGAAGCGCCAAGCAGCAGAGAUGGAAGCAGAGCACUCCAAAGCACUUGGAGUACUGCAGACAGAGGUUUUACGACUGGAGGAGAAUCACCAGGCAACUAUGCUAAAACUCCAGAAGUUUCACCUUGAGGAGGUAUGCAGACGGGAAGAAGAGUACAGCCAGCAGCUUCAUAGUGAAAUGGAGAAGAUGAAAAUCCUUCACCUUGAACAACUUAAGGAGUGUUCCAAUGUGUCAGCUUGUGAAAUGGACUCACUUAAAGAAAAGUUACUGGCACAGUUUAAUGAAGAAAAAAAUAUUCAGCAGAUUCGAUUCCAGGAAGAGAUUGAACUACUGAAAUGUCAGUCAGAAAUUUUACUUGAACAACAGAUAUCUCAGCUGAAGGAGGAAAUUGAAGCUGAGAAAAUGUUAGAACUUGAACAACAGUCUGUCAAGUUUAAUGAAGAACAAAAGCUCGCUGAAACACAGCACAAAGCAGAGGUGGAACAGCUAAACUUGCAGAUUCAAGAGCAGGCCGAAUUAUUAACACAGCUAAGCAACAAGAUGUCCUUACUUCAAAAGGAGAUUGACAUCAAAAAUUCAAACCAGGACACAUUACUACAGAGGCGUGAAAGAGAGAAUGAAGAAGCAGGCAAUCUAAUCACAAUACUGAGAUAUGACCUUGCUGUCAUCACAAAUGAACGAAACAGCCUGCAGGAUGCUCACGACAGAAUUCAAAACCUUCUGCUUAAAGUUAAACAAAGCCUUAUUGCUACUGAAGAAAUUAUCACCACAAAAAUUGACACCUGUAUGAAUUGUAACUUAGUUCAUGGCGAAUCAUUCAGUAGCAAUAUUAAACUAGAUGAGCAGGCUUCCCUGGUGAAUGACACUAAUGAAGAAAAAGAUGAAGUGCAAAGUCAAUGCAGUGAAGGAGAGUCAGAAUCCAGUCACUGGUCUUCUAUUACAGAUAAAACUUUAAGAAGUUCACAGCUUUUGUAUGAGAGUAGUAUUGCUAGUCCCGAGCAAGAGAGGGAGAAUCACAUUCUGUUAAUUUGCGACCGACUUCGAGGUACUGUGGAGAAACUGCUAGAGUUGGUUGUGGAAUCUGCAUUGCAAGUGGAAGAUGCCCAUGGGGACCUUUCACACCUAGAAGCAAAAUUAAGCCAUCAAAACCAACUUCCUGAGCACCUGGAAGAGUCUGUGGCAAAAACCCAGUUAAGACAAGAACUUAAAGCAGAGACAGAGAAAGCUGCUCUAGAAGAGGUCUUACAGCAAACAAUAAAAAAAGAGCAUCAGCUUGCAGUUGAGGUUGAUACCCUAAGAGAACGUUUGCAUGAUCUUAGUGAGGAGCAUAAUCUUCUUGUCCGUCGAAGUGAAGCUAUGGCUGCCACAAUGGGAGAUACAGAGGCAGGUUUGCUUGAAGAAGCCAAUCGUCUUGCAAAAGAAAAGUUAGACCUACAGUGCCAAGCAGAAAAGGACAGAUGCAGUCUAACAAAUCGAUUGAAAAUCCUUGAAAACGAACUGGAGGACCAGAUGAAUAGCAAUACAGAACUAGAAGAUAAACGAAAGACAGAAGUGACGGAUCUCAAGCAGCAGAUCCUUGCACUGGAAAAACAACUUCGUAAUAAUCGUCAAUUCAUGGAUGAUCAGGCAGUUGAGCGUGAGCAUGAAAGGGAUGAAUUUCAACAGGAAAUAAAGAAACUAGAAACACAACUGAAACAGCAGUUCAGAUCAAAUACGGGUAUGGAAUAUCAAGGCCAACAGAUUGAUGACUUGAUUUUGCAGGUGGAGACCCUCCAAGAAACAAUAAAGAAAAAAACAGAUGAAUAUAACAUUCUUCUGUUAGCUAAGGAGCAAACCGAUAACUACCUUACUGAACAGCUAGAAGAGACUGAGAAAUUGGCAUCUCAUAUUAGAGAACUAGAAGAAAAUGUAUUAAGUAAUGCGGAAGCUACAAGGAAGGUGAUACAGCUAGAGCAAGAGAUACAGAGGUUAAAGAAAUCAGAAAUGGAACUUAUGGAGUACAAAGAGGCUUUACAGCAGCAGCAAUAUGCUAAUCGCAUGCAAAUUUCUGCUCUUCAAACUAAGCUGGAUGAGACUAGACACAGAAUCCCUGAAGACCACAGUGAUCAAGUGCUGAAACAGCAAAUUGAGGCUAAGCAUGAGUCUCUGGUUAAUAAAGAGAAGGAGAAUGCAAUUUUAAUUAAUCAGAUAGAACAUUUAGAAAGAGAUUUGCUCAGUAAAUCUGAAGAAUUAAUACAGAUAAACAUUCAAUUGGGCCUGCAAGCAAAAACCAACACUUCUAAAGUCAACAGUCUGCAAAAUGAGAUUAUUCAACUAAAGGAUAUCAUAACCAAUUUGCAAGAACACAGGAGGAUUGAUCCAGAUAGCACAUCCUCAGUGAUGCAGUUACCUCAGGCAUUGCUAGAAGAGAAGAAUCAAGAAAUUGACCAUUUAAAUGAUCAGCUUUUGAGACUACAGCAAGAACAUGAAUUAAACAACAAGAUGCUCGAAGAAAAAAAUUCAGAGGCAGAAGAUAUGAAGUCUCAAAUAGAGCGCUAUGUGGGAGACCUGGAUCGUCUUCGACAAGACAAGGCUGAUGAAGUUGAACGACUACAUGAAGUCAUUUACAAACUGCAAGAAGAGAUAGACCAGCUUGGCCCUAACUGUCAUGAAAUUAGUGAUUCUCAGGAAGACUUACCUUUAGACAGGUUAGAUAACAGAGGAAGUCUUCAGCAUGAACUAUGGCAGGAAGAACGUUUACAACAAGAGCUGGCUACAGAACACAUUCAGUUGUCAGAUGCCCGUGUGAAAGAAUUGGAACAACAAAUGGAGAAUGCUUGCAUAGAAAGAGAGACACUCCAACAAUUGCUUCAAAAACAAGAAGCACAUUUCAGAUCUGAAAUGGAAAAACUUGGCAAAAGCCUACAAAAUGAGAAACUUCAACAUCAUAGUCUACAGGAAGAGUAUAACCUACUUAAAGCUCAUCUUACUGAGCAAGAGGCUGAAGCUGCACAUUUAUCUACCAAAACGCAAGAACUAGAAGAUCUCUUAAGAGAAAGGGAGUGUCAGUUGGUGGAGGCUGAAGUACAAGCAAAAGGUACAGAAGAGAAGAGACAAGCUGAAAUACUUUCUUUAAAACAUCUACCUGCAAAGGUAGCUGACCUUGAAGCUGAGCUGCAAAAAAGACUUGAUGUUUCUAUGGAAGCAGACCAUCUUAAGACUGAGAAAUCUCUUUUGAAUGCUCAGCUUCUUGAGUUAAAUGAAAUAAUUUUGAGAAAAACAGGAGAGAUUGAGAUGCUGCAAAAUGAAGUUGUGAAAUUACAAACUCAUAUUGAAGAAAUUGGGUCCGAGAAGGGUCAGCUAUUUGCUGAGUCCACUGACUUAAAGCAAAAGAUGUUAAGUCUUAACGAUGAAGUUGACAGAUUAAAAACUGAAGUAACAACUAAGAAUGCCCAAAUUCAGGAUUUCCUUAUACAACUUGAAGAUAACCAGACAAAGCAUUCUGGAACAGAAAGAAUGCUUAAUUGUGCUGAGGAGUCACUGGCAAAAACAGAAACAACUCUGAAAGAGAGAGCACAACAACUGCAGGAAUAUGUGUGCAAAAUUUCUGAGUUGAAAACUGAGUUAGAGGAGCUAAAAGUGGAACUUAUGACUGUUAAGGAACAGCUGUGUUUAAGUACUAUACAUGCAGAUCGGCUGCUGGAAGAGAGACAGGAAAAGGAAAAAAUCCUUAAAGACCUUGAAAUCCAUAACAAGAAUCUCAAAAUGGAAGUGGGACUGCUACAAGAACAGCUAGUGAAACAGGAGGAAAAAUUCAUCUACCAGCAGACAUUACUUCAACCUCACCCUGUCAGUGGAACAGAUAAUCUUGCUAGUAGUUUUGUGAAGUCAAGUCACCCCCUAGAUAACUUUUGCAGUUAUACAUACAGCAUUUUGAAUGAGAGUUCUCUUGAAUCACCUGAGUUGGUGAGGAAGUAUGAUACCUCUCUUGAACAAACACAGGGUUACCUUUCAGAAGUAAGCACUCUCCAUAAUUCCAGGCUUGCUGUCUCAGCCAGUAAAUCCUCUCCACUUGAAAGAAUCCAUUCAGAUCCAGCUGACAUUAGUAGCUGCCAGUCUGUACCUACUAUGUCAGUUUCAGAAGAUGGCUUUUCCCUCCCAGAUUCAGUUAACACAGAAAAGGAAAAAGAUUUUGAAAAUUCAGUCUUAACACCAUGUGUUUCACCCACUGGAACAGCAACAAGUCUGUCUGUCCGUGAAUGGGUUAGCGAUGGAUAUGGAAGCAAUGCAAGUUCAGAAAUAGGUUCCAAGUUGAAUGUGGAGCCUGAAGCAAGUGAACGCCUAGAUGCUAGUGUUGUUGACUACUUUAGACAGUGUGGAAUGGCAUUUGUUGAAAACGAUGACUUCACUGCAUCUCAUUCAGAAAAUACAGAAGGAGUAUUGUCUUCUGAACUACAGAACCUUUUACAAAAGGUCUAUCAUGAGGCUCGUCUGGUUCUUAGUCUUUCUGAGGAGUAUGGUAGCUAUACCAAACCAAGUAUUAAUACAAAGCUCAGUGAUAUUGAGAGUUGGCAGGUGGAGAAACAAGCUUUGCAGGAAAUUCUACAGUCUUUAAAAGAAAUGAUAUCCAAAAUGCUUGACCACAGUGACAAGGAGUCUGUAAUUCAAAGUAGUGACUGGAGAAGAGAAAUUCUGCAAGCUGUGCACAGUGUUCUUAAUAAUGAAACAGAAUGGUUUAGAGCUGAGCUUCAAUCUACCCUGCAGGGCUCAGGCUGUACAGAUAUUACUACUCUACUAGAGAAAUUUGAAAGCAUCAUGAGCAAACUGGAAGAGAAACAGAAUGCAGCUCUGGGAAAUCUUCUUGCUGCAGACAGAAGAAGUAUGUUGGUGGAGAUCCAGACUCUACAGGCAGAGUUAAGAAUUUCCCACCUUCAGAAUCAAGAGAGACUGCAGCAACUCCAAAGCAGCUUAAGCCACACAGAAGAACAAGGAAACAAGAGAGAACAUCAGCUCCGCAGACAAGCUGAACUAUUAAAGUACAAGCUACAGCAGGAGCAGGCAAUAGUAAAUGACUUGCAAGACUCAUUAAAAUCUGAACAGGACAGAUCAGCUGAACUCCGGUCUCACUUUAGAUCUGAACAAGAUGCAGUUGCUGACUUGAAACGAGAGCUUCUUGCAGUGAACCAAACAUUAGAAACAUCACUGAAGAAAGAGCAUGAUCUGCAAAAGGAGCUUGAAAAUCUCAGAAGUAGAGCAGAAUGCUUGGAGACAGACUUGCAUUUUGCUGAGAAAAAUCUGGAAGAAGAACAGAAGAAAGUGAAAGAAUUCCACGAACUCUUGGAUCAAGAAAGACUACGUAACAUACAGAGAGAAGAUCAUGAUGGGCAUACACAAGAGGUAUUAAGAACAUCCCUGGAAGACAGAAAUAUCCAGAACAAUCAACUAUGUGCUGCUCUGGAACAGGAGCGUGUCAUGAGCAGCAACCUACGCAAGGAACUCCAGAUUGAACAAUCUCGCUGUGAAGCCCUAAUCUCUCAAGAAAGGAAUAAACUUGCAGAAGCCCAGCAACUGCUUCAGAUUGAGAAGACUCGGUCAUAUGAGCUUAGUGAUGCUGUCAAGCGUGAGCAGCAGCGUUUGGCUCAAGAAUAUUGCCAGAAGCUCAAAGAAGAGGCAGUCCAGAGAGUUGAGCAAAUGAGUCAAGAUCAAAACUUAAUCCACGAGCUUCAAAUGCAAGUAAACCAAGAAAAGGACCGCUCCCUAGAGUUAGCGUGUAUGAUUGAAAAGACUCAACAGCAAGCAAUCCAAGCCAAGCGUCAAAUGGAGUCUGAGGCACAGCAGAACAUGCUUGAACUGAAAAAAGCUCAGGAGCUUGUGGCUAAACUCCAGAAGUCCGUAGAAACAUUGCAGGUGCAGAAAUUAAAUCUUACCCAAGGAUUUGAGAGAGAAAGAGAACAGUUUACAGAAAGAUUACGUUCUGAAGUUGAUAAGCUCCAGAGGAAAUUUCUUUCAGUUAAAGAAAAGGAAAAGGCUAGGGAAGAGCAGAUGGAAAAACAGAAGAAACAAUAUCAGCAGGAAUUAGCUGAAAAGGAACGCAGACAUAAAUUGGAUAGUGAAAAACUGCAUGCAAUGGAACUCCAGCACCAGAGAGAUCAGCAGAGACUAAUACAACUACAGCAAACUCUGGAAGAGCUAGAACAGCAUGAGAAAGAGUUGGCCUCUCGUAAACAGAAACAGGAAAUUUUUACCUCUGAGUUUGCUACUCCGGAUAUUCAAACAGCAGAGAAGGAGGCCAUGUUCCUACAGCAGUUAAAAUUGGCUCAGCAGCAAGUACAGAUGGCUGUUGUUAGACUGAAGGAUGUUAUGUUUGACUGUUCCAGCAAUGGUGAAAAUGAAGAACUGAAGUUUGUUGUAAGAACACUGAAUUUGCUGGAUAAAGAUCUACAACAGUUAUGCUGUGGCCCAAUUUUUUCGGCGCCAUCCUACUCAGUUGACCGAUUAAUGAAGGAGAAAGCUGACCUUACUAAUUGUGUUGUAGUACUUACUGAAGAGAAGACCACUUUCAAAAGAUCCAUUGCAAUGCUCGAGAAAGAGAUACUUGAUCUCAAGCAUAAAGUAGCAGCAAAUGACCAGUUCAGCCAGGCCAACACCAGUUCCGUUCUUGCAUCUGAAAGAGCAGCCUGGCAAAAGGAGAAGGCGUUUCUUACCAGUGCUUUGAAUAAGGCCGAAUCUGAGCUGGCAAGAAUGACUGCUGAGAAUGAGAACAGACCUAUAGGUGAUAGUUCCUCUAAGAUACAACGACUCUAUGCAAAAUAUCUUAGAACUGAAAGUUUCAGGAAGGCACUAGUUUAUCAAAAGAAGUACCUUCUUCUCUUACUGGGAGGUUUCCAGGACACAGAAAGGGAAAUAUUGUCACUAAUUGCCAGAAUGGGAGUAUAUCCAUCUCCAAAAGAUCUGCAGAAUACAGCUUCAACUUCACGACCUAUAAGCAAAUUUCGUUCUGCUGUUAGAGUGCUAAUUGCAAUAUCACGUUUGAGAUUUUUGGUAAAGAAGUGGCAAAAGGCUACAAAAAAGAGUCAUCCUCCAGUGGCAUCUGUGAGUGGAAAUGGGCACAGUUUAGUCCAUGGAACCAGAACUGAGGUUUUAAGGCCACAGCACUCAACUAUUAUUUUCAAUUCUCCUCCAACAAGAGAAAAUGUGUCAUUUAAUAGAAGUACACAUAUUGUUCAGUCACCUAAAUCACCAUACAAGCUCCAGAACAGAUCUCAUGAGCAGUCAAUUACAUCGUCCCAAGAUGCUGAGCGAUCUCUGACAGAAUAUAUCCAUCAUUUAGAGGCGGUACAGCAACGUUUAGGAGGCCAUAAACUAGGAUCAAGUGGCUUGUCUUUGAGUAAAAGUUUUAAAAGGUGAAGGAAUAUCUGAAUCAAGAUCUAUGGAAUUCAGGCUUUCCCCAUCUUUUUUGGUUUGGAUUCUUGUACCUUAUAUAACCACAUCAGUUUUUGUAGAGUAUUCACUUUUGUAGGCAAUUCACUGUUUUAAGAGGUUUUAUUGUAAAAUAUAUCACUUUUUUGUGUACAGAUUUGCAUAUCACAUUUCACUUUUAUAUGUAUAGAAUUUAAUAGGAAGGAAGUCCAAUUUUUUAUAUUGUGUAAAAUAUUCAUUGUCUAUUUUUUGGUGAUGUGCUUUUUUUGUAUAGAUCUAAAAUAUUUUUGAACUUGAGCCUUUAUUCAGCCAUUGAAUAUAUGUAAAAUAAAUUUUAGAGUGUUUAAUUACCUAAUAAUGUUUUUAUUAAAACUUUUUGUAAUAUACCUUGCAUUUUAAGUAUUUAAUAAAGCUGUAAAUGCUUCAGAUAUUUUAAAUGUGUGACAGAAGCCUAAUAAACAUGCUUGCUAAAAAUUA